AAAAAAGGAAUAUUUUUUUUUUGGUCUGAAAAAAAAAAACAAUUAAAAACACGGAAAAACAAAGAACCCAGACCCCCCCAUAGAGAUAGAUACAGAGGGAUUCAGUAUUUCUCUAUUCGCGUAUUACAGAGAAAUUGAGUAAAACCUAAUUUUCUGUCCCUAGGAGCUGUUCAAGCUCUAGGAUUUCCUCAUCAACCACCUCAAAGAUGCACAAAUUGGGUAGAGGCCACCGGGAAAAGCUCCAGCAGUUCAUAACAAUAACUGGAGCGAGUGAAAAAGUUGCUCUGCAGGCUUUGAAGUCGAGUGAUUGGCAUCUUGAAGGAGCAUUUGAUGUAUUCUACAGUCAGCCCCAGUUGCAAACAAAUACUGAUUCUAGACAUUUGGAGGAAUUAUAUAAUAGAUAUAAAGAUCCAUGUGCUGACAUGAUACUCGCUGAUGGUAUCAGCAUCCUUUGCAAUGAUCUUCAGGUGGAUCCUCAAGAUAUAGUCAUGUUAGUUGUCUCCUGGCACAUGAAGGCAGCCACCAUGUGUGAAUUUUCCAAGCAGGAGUUCAUAGAUGGAUUAGAAACACUGGGGAUAGAUUCUCUGGAGAAAUUCCGUGAAAAGAUACCAUUUAUGCGAUCUGAGCUGAAAGAUGAACAAAAGUUUCGUGAGAUAUAUAAUUUUGCUUUUGGCUGGGCCAAAGAAAAGGGUCAGAAAUCUUUGGCAUUGGAUACUGCAAUUGGAAUGUGGCAAUUACUGUUUGCUGAAAAGCAGUGGCCGUUUGUUGAUCAUUGGUGUCAGUUCUUACAGGCUCGGCAUAACAAGGCAAUUUCAAGGGACACAUGGUCUCAACUAUUAGAGUUUGCAAGGGCUGUGGAUUCAUCACUCACAAAUUAUGACGCCGAAGGUGCCUGGCCCUAUCUUAUUGACGAAUUUGUUGAGUACUUGAAGGAGAAUGGCGUAAUCCAAAAGAGUUAGUUGCCCGAACGGAGCCAAAACCGAUCAGGACCUGCUUGAGUGGUGAAUUAGGAGUUUCUUCUCAUUUUCAUUACUGUGAUUGAGUUGUGCUGCCCUGUGAUUGAAUUUGGUUUGUCUGCAAAAUAAGACAACCAAAAGAGAGAGAUGACUUGGAAACCAAUUGAAAAUCUUAUUAUUACAUACAUUUUACAGUCAAUUAGAUUGUUGA